UAGUGUAUAGCUUAGACUAGUUUAGCCCAUUGGGCUUAGCCCAGUAUACUGUACUUGUAGUUUACUCCUUUUACUUGUACUGCACACAUAUCUAGCCUAUAUAAGGCUCUCUAUUGUACAUUAUUAUACACACAUCAAUAUACAAACUAUUCAGUUUUUCUCACACUUUAUAUUCUUAACAUGGUAUCAGAGCCAUUCCUCUGACUUUCUGGUUCCUGUGGACAUCUCCGGCGUUCUUCCGCUGCCCUCGCCUUCAUCCAGUAGCCACUGACAGAAGCGAGUCACCGCCGUCACGCCCACAGUCCCAGCAACUCUCGGAUCUCAUUGUUCUGCUCAUCCAACUGUCAAAGAAAAGGCAUUGAGUGACAGAACAGACAAUCCCGAGCAAAACCCAACCAAGAACGGCCAGAAAACACUUCACACGCGCCGCCACGCGCCUCCCGAAGUUUCUGCCUCAACGAACACGCGCUCCACGCGCCUCCACGCGCCGCCAACGCGCCGCCACUCUCACUCACGCGCUCCCACGCGCCAGACCAGCUGUCUCCCACGCGCCACACGCGCCACACGCGCCCCACGCGCCAGCUGCCAUUCGCGAACUGCCACGUCAGCCCUAGUGUGACGUCACACUGCCACGUCAGCACACGUCAGCCGUUGACUUGACCAGCUCUGACCGUUGACCGUUGACUUCGACCGUUGACUUUGACCGUUGACCAAGUCAAAAAUUUUCAACCGGACCUGUCUUGCUCAGUUUUUCGCGUAGAUUCUGAUUUUGGGCUCCGUUUCUGCAUUUGAGGUAUCUAAAUCUCACUUUUUGGUCAUUUUCUUCAUUAUGGCUCAACAAAGUGAACGAGAUAUCAUACGUCCUAUCACCAUCAUGUUGGAUGGUCCUACUAGCUAUCAUGCAUGGUCUCAGAAUAUGACCGUCUUUCUCAAGGGUCGUAAACUGUGGAGAUAUGUGACUGGUUCAAUUCCUAAGCCAGUACCAGACCCUAAGUCCAAAGCCACAGCUGCUGAAGAGUCUUCCAAGACUGCUGUUACAACAGACGAUUAUGAAGAACGUCUAGAGGAAUGGGAGAGUAUUCAGAGUAAGAUCUUAUCUUGGUUUAUCAAUACCUCUAUUCCCUCCAUUCAUAAUCUUCUUCCUCGUCUUGAAACUGCUGAGGCUGCUUGGAAAUUUUUGGCCGAUCGUUAUAACUGCACUAAUGAUUCAAGUUUGGAGUUUCACAUUGAAUCAAAGCUUUAUCAAAUGCGCCAAGAGACAGGUCAGUCUAUUUCUGAUUUUUAUUCUCAGACUUCUACUAUGUGGGAACAACUCUCUGCUGCAGAUCCUCCACUGGUGUGUUCUAAGGACAUUGAGCUCUUUGUCAAAUAUCGGGAUCGCCGUAGAUUUAUGCACUUCAUGAUGGGUUUACGUGAGGAUUUUGAGCCUACUAGGGCUUCUCUACUUAGCCGGUCUCCUACUCCUUCUCUUGAUGCUGCAGUAAAGGAGCUCAUUUCUGAGGAGAAUCGUCGACCUACUUAUCACAUGACAUCAUCUGAUCAUGUAUUGGCUACACCCUCACCACAGCCUCCCAUUGUUGCAUUCACUGCUCCUCCGCGAAUAAACUCCGGGCGUCCCACCUCUCAGUCUUCCAAAGGUACUCACUGCAAGUUUUGCCGUGCCAGAGGCCAUGACAUCUCUGUUUGUCGUAAGCUACAGAAAUUUGUGCAAGAGCAGAAUAAAGCUUCUCUUCCUCAGGCAGCUGCUGUAUGUCCUUCAGAUCCAUCGGUUCCUACAGGUCCAUCUUUGGCUUCCUCACUUACUACGGCUGAUAUUGAGGCAGUUGUUCAACAUGUUUUAUCCCGCACUUCCACUGCCCUUUCUGUCACCUCAGGAUCCCCGGACGGGUCAAGUGCUUGGGACAGGCCGUAAGGUUGGUCGCAUGUUUGAGGUUCAUGACUUGAAGAUUCCUUCACAAGUUGUUUCUGCAGCUGCUACCACUGCCACCUCCUCACCUGAUCUAUGGCAUGCUCGUCUUGGUCAUCCAUCCUUAUCUCGUCUUCAAUUAUUGGCUUCUCAAGGUCAUUUAGGUUCAGUUCAGUUUCAAAAAUUUGAUUGUACUUCCUGUCAUUUUGGCAAACAAACAAAACUGCCCUUUAAUAAAAGUGACUCUUUUUCAUCUGCCC